AGAGAGCUGAGCAUCAUCGGCUAAUGUCACCAUGGGCAACUGCUGCGAGGCCAUAUGCAAUGUGCGCAAGAACACCUACAUGCGGAUCAGUCUGCCCGCGGUCUGCUUCGUGUGGCAGAUAGCCAUGGUCAUCCUCUUUGGAGUUUUCAUUCGCUACGAUGACGAGUCUGAUGCAUCACGCUGGCGGGACUUCAAAAGAGAACAAAACUUCACCAGUGACAUUGAAAAUGACUUCUACUUCAGAUACCCAAGCUUCCAGGACGUGCACGUGAUGAUCUUUGUUGGAUUCGGUUUCUUGAUGACCUUCCUGAAACGUUACAGCUUCGGUGCCGUAGGCUUCAACUUCCUGAUCGCUGCCUUUGGCCUGCAGUGGGCUCUUCUCAUGCAGGGCUGGUUCCACGCCCUUGACCCCGCAACUGGAAAAAUCUCAAUCGGCGUGGAGAGUUUGAUUAAUGCUGACUUCUGCUGUGCCGCCUCGCUGAUCGCCUACGGCGCCCUGCUGGGUAAAGUCAGUCCUGUGCAGCUGUUGGUGGUCACCUUGUUUGGAGUCACACUUUUUGCUGUGGAGGAAUUCAUCAUCCUCGAUCUUCUCCAUUGCAGAGAUGCUGGAGGCUCCAUGGUAAUUCAUUGCUUUGGAGGAUAUUAUGGUCUGGCCAUCUCCUGGGUCCUCUACAGACCAAAAUUGAACUUAAGCAAACGCCUGAAUGGCUCUGUGUACCACUCAGAUGUGUUCGCCAUGAUCGGUACAUUGUUCCUGUGGAUGUUCUGGCCCAGUUUUAACUCGGCCAUCACGGACCAUGGAGACGGUCAGCACAGAACAGCCAUCAACACUUACAUCGCCCUGGCAUCGUCUGUUCUCACAUCCGUGGCCAUAUCCAGCCUGUCUCAAAAGAGAGGCAAACUGGACAUGGUGCACAUCCAGAACGCCACCCUGGCUGGUGGUGUUGCCAUGGGAACAGCGGCCGAGUUCAUGAUCAUGCCCUACGGUGCGCUCAUUGUUGGCUUUCUCACUGGCAUCAUUUCGACGUUUGGUUACCUUUUUAUCACGCCCUUCCUAGAAAAGUACCUGAAGCUGCAGGACACAUGUGGCGUCCACAACCUGCACGCUGUACCGGGGAUGCUUGGUGGCUUCACUGGCGCCAUUGUGGCAGCUGCCGCUACUGAAGCUGUGUACAGCGAAGAGGGUCUGAGGGCAACGUUUGACUUUGAAGGAGAGUUUGAAAACAGAUCUGUGGGCACGCAGGGAGGCUUUCAGGCUGCUGGUACUUGUGUGUCCAUUGCCUUUGGACUCGUUGGAGGAGCAAUUGUUGGCCUGAUUCUUCGGAUCCCAAUCUGGGGCGACCCCGCUGAUGACAACUGCUUCGAGGAUGAAGUAUACUGGGAGGUUCCUGAGGAAGAUGAAGAGGAAGGCAUCCCUCCUGUGCUGGAGUACAACAACCACAUGGUUAACAAGCAUCAAGACCUAUCUGAGUCCAACUUCUCAGUGGAGCAGAACUAGUCACACAGAGGACCAUGGACUUGACUGAGCAAUGAACAAAUAACAAUAACAAUCAAAAGGAUUGAGGUGUAAAACUGCUUCAAAUUCUGAUGAAGAAAACCAAACUAAUUUGAGACAUUUAUUUUGGCUUUCAAAGCAUAACAUGUCAAUUUUUUAACAUGUGUAGAAUGCAGGCUGGUUAUGAACUAUUUUAAUGUGUUGCAAAAACAUCUUCUAUCAUUGAUGAUGGCCUGAAAGAAGCUUCAAAUAUUUUGUGCUUUGCCUUUUUGAUAUUGAAUAUUGUCCAUACAAUUAUUUGUUAAUAAUAUGAUGUGCACUUUUGAGUUGUAGCUGUUAUUCCUUUAAAAUGAAGUGAAGGUGUUUGUAUAUACGAGUCAUAUUGUACAUUGCUUAAUAUGCCUCACUUGUGAUGAUGACACAUUUGUGCUCUUUGUAUUAUCGUUGAUGUUGUAUGUGUCCAAUCACAUGUAAAUACUACUGGAAUUAAAAUAUGUCAUGU